AAGUGAAAACUCACAUUUAACUUAAAUAAACUCUUCAAAAUGUUUUAGAAAAGGAGGCAUUGUACAAAGAAAAAACACACAUCACUGCUUUGGUUUUCAUUUAUUACAGACCUCAUAACAGAAAAUACUAGGAUAACCACAAAACAAAACAUUGAUCUCUAUGCUUAACAUGUACCUUGCAAGUUGGGCCAGUGUUUGAAAAGUGUGAAGCACACCUCCAAGUCGCGGUAUACAUACUGGUCUUUUGCACUUGCAUGUCACCUCUGAAAAGCAAUACAAAUGUUUCUCACAAUUGGAGUAUAUGAGCUAUCGGUUUUAUCAGAAAAGUAUAUAUACGUAAAAAUUCUAAUAACAUGAAUUAUUCAUUCAUAAUCCAGUUAUUUCAUCCAUGUUUUUAAAAUAAUUUCAGGUAAUGAAAGAGAUAUCAUUGAGCAGUAAAUAGUUAAAUAGAUAGAUACCUGGCUGUUCCAAGUACCAGUAUUUCAGUUUUUAAAACUUUUUUAUUGUUGUUUUGAACCCAGCACAAAGACAUGUCUCCCAACUGUAACAUUGCUUUACACGGUAAUAGUAAACAAAGACAGUUAUUCUUUAAUUUGAGAAUCUAUUAAAAAAAAAAAGUGUUCCUGUACCUUAAAUGCUGUCACAAUAUUUACUUCAGUUGCCUUGUCACAUUUUAUAUCAUUUAAAUAUAUGUUAGUGGCAUAAAAUAACAUUGCUUGGUAUAACAUUACGGUAUAACAAUAGAGCAUUAUUUGCUUGGCAUAACUGCUUAGUAACUGGGCACUACAGAAUUGUACUUAUUUCAAAUCCAUUAAAGAAAAUACCCUAAUGUAAAAGUUUACCAAACAGGUCAGCCAAGUGAGGUAUAGUAAAGCAUAUUAAAAACAGGAAACCCUAGUCAAUUUAAAUGUUUAGAGGGGGGUAGUUGUACAUGAAUGCUGCAAAAAGCGCGUGAAUUGCCUAAAGUGAAAUUCUACUGUUUUUACAGCCAUACUUCUAAUGCGUGAAUGACAAAUAUGUUGGUUUUCUUAAAAUUCCACACAGAUAUUUCAUGCAUUCCUAAAACACAUUCAGUGGCAUUUUGUUUGGAAUAAUUGUCAAAACAUCACUGAUGUUUGAUUGAUUUGCACAUCGUUCGUAAAACCACUUUGAAGAUAUGUGAGUGCCAUUUAGAGUAUGGAGUUCAAUAACCCUUAUAUAAACCAGUCUAAUGGUAAGUGAAGUUUGUACUAAUAACAUGCAUAUACCAGUUGCAAUUAUAUUUACAGAACUGUUAUCUAACUAAUUCAUCCAUAUCAAUACAUUAUCCUUGACAGCCGAAUGUAAUUAACAGAAGCAUUUAGAUUUAUCUGGUAAAAAGUCUGAUAUAUGGCAGUAUUGUGACACAAAGUGCUACUGCUUUACCAUGAGCAAACCUUACAUUUUAAAAUUUUUAAUACAAAUGCUCUACUCCUGCACUUUUUGUAUCAGUUGUCUAAGUAUAUCAGAAGAAUGCUAGAACACAAUAUUUUAAAUGUUGUCUCAAGGCUAAACCAGCCAUUUCAACCAAGAACAUAGCCCUAGUCCAAUUAUAACAGCCUUACUCCCCCCACAAACUGUAUAAUACAAGUCUGCCUCAGUUCUAAAUGGGUCAGUGCUUUGAAUGUUUUUCUGCACCGUGUCAAAAAAUAUGUUUUUUUAGAUCAAGAAUUUGAACAGCUUGAUACAGAGAAAUACAGGGCCACAUUUAAUUACAUUUGCAUGGAAACUACUGACACAUGACAACACAAUAACAGAAUUACCUUUGAAUGGGUGGCUUCACUAAAGUCAAACAAUUUCCCUGAAGAUGUGCUGGUAAAAAAACGCUUGCACAAAUGUAUCAGGAAAUGGCACUGUUAUCCAGCAGCAUGGACCGGCAGUUUUCAACCUACUCAUUUAACCCACUUGAGAACAUGCAUGAGAUCCGCACAAAGAAAGGGGUCUUUUACAAAAAAGCCAAGCUUCUCAGUCAAGGGGAAGACCUCUACUGCAUAUCCCACUUGGAGGACAACAGGACAGGGUAUGUAAUCAUUAAUGUGGGGGGGAUCAAGUAUAGGAUUCCCUGGACCACACUGGAGGAGUUUCCUUUAACCAGGCUGGGGAAAUUAAAAACCUGCAACAACUACGAUGAGAUAAUGGACAUCUGUGACGACUACGAUGUGAGCUGCAAUGAGUUUUUCUUCGACCGUAACCCAUGUGCCUUUAGGACCAUCAUGACCUUCUUAGCAGCCGGGAAGCUCAGGCUCCUUCGGGAGAUGUGUGCCCUCUCCUUCCAGGAGGAGCUCCUCUACUGGGGCAUUGAGGAGAAGAACCUGGAGUGGUGCUGCCUGCGGAAACUGCGCCAGAGGGAGGAGGAGUACGCUGAGGCCAAGAGGGAUGAAGAGGAGGUCUUUCCAGUCACUGAAGAACCACAGAGUGCCUUCCAGGAAGAUGUCCAGAUGGGCGGCUACAUGAAGAAACUCGGGGACAUGUUGGAGAACCCUCAUUCAGGCCUCCCUGGGAAGAUCUUUGCUUGUCUCUCAGUCAUCUUUGUAACCAUCACUGCUGUGACCUUGUGCAUCAGUACAAUGCCAGACCUCAGAGAAGAAGAAGAAAGGGGAGAAUGCUCCCAGAAGUGUUACAACAUCUUCAUUCUGGAGACGGUUUGUGUGGCUUGGUUUUCUCUGGAGUUCAUGCUGCGUUUUAUCCAGUCACAGAGUAAAUGCAUUUUCCUGAGGACCCCUCUCAACAUCAUUGAUGUCAUGGCCAUCCUCCCGUACUACGUUACUCUGAUUGUGGACUCCUUCUCUGUAGGGAAGAAGCCAGGUGGAUCUGGGAACAGCUACCUGGAGAAGGUGGGCCUAGUCCUUCGCGUGCUGAGAGCCCUCAGGAUCCUCUAUGUGAUGAGACUAGCUCGUCACUCUCUGGGCCUCCAGACUCUAGGCCUCACAGUGCGCCGGUGCACCCGGGAAUUUGGUCUUCUCGUCCUCUUCCUGUGUGUUGCCAUGGCGCUCUUCUCUCCCUUGGUUUUCCUGGCUGAGAGUGAGAUGGGAGCAAAGCAGGAAUUCACUAGCAUCCCCGGCAGCUAUUGGUGGGCCGUCAUCUCCAUGACAACAGUUGGUUACGGUGACAUGGUCCCCCGCAGCAUCCCUGGGCAAGUGGUGGCACUUAGCAGCAUCCUAAGCGGCAUUCUGCUUAUGGCCUUCCCUGUGACCUCUAUCUUUCACACAUUCUCCCGGUCCUACCUGGAGCUUAAAGAGCAGCAGCAUAGAGCUGCCAGGCAGAAGCCUGAGGAUCAUUUCAAAUCCCAGAACAGUGACGACUCCCAGGAAACAGACAGUUCCUUUCCAUUGGGGAUUAUAGAGUCCUCGCUUCACAGGGAAUCCAAGUUAGCAGCUGUGCAUAAGGACAUGGACUGUAGGGCCCAACCAAAGACCUAACGAGACAACAGUGGGAAUCGUUUGAAUUAUAUUUUUGAACAGUAAAAUGUUCCUUAAGAUAUACCUUUUAGAAUGUAAUGGAACACUUUAUUGGAGAGUAUGUUGCUUGGAUUUUUUUUUUUUCUAGCUGCAGUAAGGGAUGAUGAAAAACAGAAAAGUAUUUAUCAUGUGGUUAAAAUCUGUUUUAUACCCCUCUGCACAGUUUUGUUUAUAUAUCAGUUAGGAAGAUAAAUAUAAUCUGCUAUUUUGGACUUGAUACAUAAUUCUACAGAGGAACACACAACAUUUUAUUUUAUUGCAUGCUAGGGGCAUAUCCUAGCAAUAUCAAUUUUAAUAUCUCCUUUUACAUAUGAUUGCCUAAACAGCUUUAUAGAAAGCUAAUGUUGGGCAAACAAAUCAUACUUUUAAAGGAUUCUUUCCCCCAUGUAGGUUAAGUUCUAUAUUGGAAUUUCUACUACAAUUUUCAGAGUUGUUGACUCGGUCACUUUUUUGGGGACUUGAGACUUGACUUGAACGAAUUGACUUGAGACUUGACUUGGGACUUUAAAAUCAAAAUGCUACACCAGUAUUACGGUUUGUGUUACACCCUCGCUGUGCACGUGCUCUCGCUCUCUCUCUCCCUCUCGUGUGUGAGUGUGUGUGUGUGUGUGUGAGUGUGUGUCUCUAUCUACCAAGUCCCUGUCAGUGCAGCCAGAUUUUUUUUGCAACGCCCCGCCAAAUUUUGGAAGUAACCAGCCAAAAAGUAGCUAAAUUGUGUUUUUUUAACCUGUACUUACAUUUAAGACUUAAAUAGGGCUUCUGAUUUUCGGUUUUAACCGAUAAAACCCGAUAAAACACCGCUGAUGCAAAAAAAAACAACAAAAAAACGGUGGAUAGCCAAUAAACACCGGAAAACACCAGUAAAACUGUGGAAAUGGUUAAUCUAUUCACGUUGACUUUACCCUUUUCACAUUAAAAUAAAUAAAACCUACUGCAAAAAUAAUAAUAAAUACAUUUCCCAGUGCUGCUGGGCAAUGUCCCGCCUUCCUGACUUGCAUCUAUCAUUGAUUCGUUCUGAAUACUUUAAACCCGCCCCAACUACUGAAUGACAGCACAUUCCUACAUUUCUAUUGGAGACUCCGCUUGUGAGAUUUAAAACGUGAUUACAAUCAGGAUGGAGGCUUGUUAGUGGGAUUUCAAACUAUAUUACCGUUAAGAUACGGAGGAUUUAAAACAGAAUUGUGGCGAAAUGUACAGAAAUGCGUACACACAAAAACCCCAGAAGAAUGUGCCUGUGACCAUAGGGAUUUCGUUGAGGAAAACAGGAAAGAAGGUACAACUUAAGUGUGCAAGUACUGUCGAGUUACUACUAUACAUAUUUUGACAGGAAAAAAACGCUCAAGCAUUUUGGAAAGUAACCAAAAACACUAAUUUCAUACAGUAUAUCAAUAACGAAAGCCCCGAAAAAAAACGAUUUACAUAAAACUCAAAAAUAGCUAAAAAUAAGCACCAAAAAAUACAAUUAAUAAAACCCGAAAAACAGAAGCCCUAAAUAUAUAUUACAAAAGCAUACACAAGUGCUGCAUAUUUAUUUAAAAUAAAAAAUAACACAGGUAAGUAAUGUUAUAAACGAUUUAUUUAUUUAUAUCUGGGCUUUUCUCAAAAUUUACAGUACAAGCACUGCUGUUUCUUAUGUGAUGAGAUAAAACGUGGUAGAUCCACGAUUUAUUUAUUUUUUUUAUUCAGAAGGUAGUGUAAAAUUAUAUUGUCCUGAACUGUUGGCGUAUAGUCUAUAAAACAAUAAAUAAAAUAAUAAAUUCUAAUUAUAUUUGUACUGAUACAGUUUUUAAUUUGUUAAGAAUAACAAAAAAAAACUUUUUAUGUCUUCCUAUUUUUUUUAAAUAAAUUUAGUAGUCACCAAUUAGUUUUUUUUUUGUUUUCACCAAAUUUAAUAGUGUCCAAUUCUGUUUGUUUAGCUCAGCUCACCGUUACCAUCCCCGCGCUGACUCGGGAAUGGCGAAGACGAGCACACGCUGUCCUCCGAAGUGUGUGUCAUCAGCCGACCGCUUUUUUUCACACUGCAGACUCACCAUGCAGCCAACCAGAGCUACAGCGUCGGAGGACAACGCAGCUCUGGGCAGCUUACAGGCAAGCCCGCAGGCGCCCGGCCAGACUACAGGGGUCGCUGGUGCGCGAUGAGAUGAGAACACCCUGGCCGACCUAACCCUCCCUCACCCCGGGCGGCGCUCGGCCAAUUGUGCGCCGCCCCCUGGGAGCUCCCGUCCUCGGUCAGCAAAGGAAUAGCCUGGUGUCGACGACGUCCAGACUAUAGGGUGCAUCCUGCACUCUACGCGAGUGCUUUUACUGGGUGCGCCACUCGGGAGCCCCCUGCUCUCUAUUUUACAAUUAAACAAGAACCCCGGUCAAAUGCAUACAAGUGUCAUUUAUCUGUAAGAAUACCCAUAUUAACCAGUCCUGAGGAAAGAAGUAAGCGGGUUCACCAUUUUCUUCUUCUUCUGAAUGCAAGUGUGGGCAUGUGUGUGUUUUGUCAUUUUAUCUCUUUGUCUUUUGAUCUCCAGAACAAAGUCACGCCCCAGGGGGAGGGCGUGGCAGGUAUGCAGGGGAUUGUGGUGAUUGAAGUCCUGCACUGAUGAUGAACUCCUAAUCAAAAGGAAUGGGAAAAAAAAAACAUGCACAGUAAAAAUUACAAAGAAAUUGCCAAACCGCCAAAGACAAUAUUUACCCACUAGAUGCAUUCAAAACAAGCCACAUUUGAAACUGUUGUCUUGACUUGGGACUUGAGAAAAAUGACUUGGUUUUAUAAUAUUUUAAGUUGAAUAUAGCAGUAUCUGCAUCCUUGGUUCACAUUUUCAAAAGUCUCGAGCAUCAAUAUUGAAGAGACAGAAAGUUGUUUCUUCUGCCAAGCUACUCUGGCAAGCUGAUUCCUCUUGGCAAAGGUGUCACUGCUUUUAUGUGCAGUGAUUAUCUGGGUAUAUUAAAAAUGGUGAGUACAUAAUAGAAAUGUCACUUUCUGUUAAAAAUUGUGUGGAGGAGUCUGAGAGGUAACUAGUCACUACACAUGGCAUGGAGUCAAGGGAUGGGAGGUAUAUAAUAUUGUGCCUUGGGAGGCAGGCUUUCCCCAUCCUGUUUAAUAAUCAAAAGAUGCACUCUUGGGAAUGUCUUUAGUGGCAUUUUAGCCAUCUUUACUGCACCAAGAUUACUUGCAAAGCAGUUACAUCAUGGCCAUGACUCAAUUAAAAUGCUAAACUUGCUAGCUGGGGGGAGGAGUCAAAAACCAACUUAGAAUGGAAGUUAUCAAGCAGAAGUUCCCUGUUGAGGUUUCUGUUUGUGGGAGAUCUGUGACAACGCCCUGUCUCUUUACCUUCCUAUUUGCUGUAGCUUGUGAACUUAUAUUGAGAGCCAAGAAAUUAUAAAUUAUAAACAUUUAAAGGAUGUUUAAAAAUGUCCUGUGGUAAUGAAGAGAUCUGUAAUUUGUAAACAAAAUCAUAUAUCGCUAAAAGUCUGUAUGUAAUGUUUUUAGGUUCAGCUCAUUUUUAAUAAAAAAAAUAUCAAAUUUAUUUUAACACAAAUAUGUUAUGAUAAUCAGCUAACCAUACCAUGUUUACACAGCAGUGUAUGUAGUUACACCCUGAGAAGUAUUAUUUCAACAGCUUUAGCUACCAGCAACUAAGACUAUGUGGUCCAGUGGUUAAAGAAAGGGGCUUGUAACCAGGAUGUCCCCAGUUCAAAGCCCACCUCAGCCACUGACUCAUUGUGUGACCCUCAGCAAGUCACUUAACCUCCUUGUGCUCUGUCUUUCGGGUGAGAUGUAAUUGUAAGUGACUUUGCAGCUUAUGCAUUAUUCACACACCCUAGUCUCUGUAAGUCGCCUUGGAUAAAGGUGUCUGCUAAAUAAACAAAUAAUAAAUAAGAGUGACAUUUUUUGUUGUAGAUUUAUUUUUGUAUUUUGUUGGAAAAGCCACCCUAUAGCAUAAUUGAUUGUUAAUUAUAUUGCUUUCAAGGGCAUCAGAGCACUGAAACUUGGCAGAUAGAUCUUAUGCUAACUCUGGCACAACUUGCAUUAUGGCACAUAAGGUUGUCAUUGUCCAUAACUUAUACAAGGUUGCAUAUUGCUGUAUAAAAAUAAGCUGUUAGUCAUGUUUGACACAGGCAAAAUUCUGACCUUGAAUACCUUUUGUACAUUGAGUCAAUAUUAUGCCAACAAGAGCAUUUAUCUACUUGACAUUUACUUUAUAGUUGGAAAAUGAACAGUUUAAUUGCCACAUUGUUUAAGCAGUGAUACUGAUCACACACUUGGAGAAGUGUCUUUAGAGUCGGCACAUAGCUGUAUUCUAUGAUUCUCUAAUAAUCACUGCCACCUAUGGGGCUAUAUCAAUGAUGCAGAUCGUUUUCAUAUCCAUUUUACUUCAUGUUUAUAACCAUUCCAUUGCAUAUGCCAUUCACCUUACAUAAUGCUACAGGGGAUGCUUUUUUGCUCACAAAAGCUCCAGUUUCUAGUACUGUAUAUAAUAAACGUAUUACUUACUGAAAGACAGUCUGGGUCAAGAGGUAGGCAUGUUCAUGCCAAGGUAUUACAUUGAAUCGGGUAAAAAGCACCUUUUACAUUAUACUUGUUUGUAAGCUGGCAAUAUUGGACAUGCUGACGCAUAGCAAUAGCCAGGGCAUAAAUAGCCAGAAGCAGUUUUAUUAAACUUGAAUGAUAAACUUGACACCACAGAGAAGUUAAAUAUAAAAAAGGGCAACAAACUUUUAAUUACCAUAAAUAUUUUUCUUUAUUUCUUUUAUUAUUAUUAAUUUCUUAGCAGAUGCCCUUAUCCAAGGCGACUUACAAUUGUUACAAGAUAUCACAUUAUUUUUAUAUACAAUUACAUUUUUUUUUUUUUUUACAUACAAUUACCCAUUUAUACAGUUGGGUUUUUACUGGAGCAAUCUAGGUAAAGUACCUUGCUCAAGGGUACAGCAGCAGUGUCCCCACCUGGGAUUGAACCCACGACCCUCUGGUCAAGAGUCCACACUUUUCCCUUAACUCAUAUUCUAUAUAGACAUCAAACAACUGAACAUGCUCCUGUGCUACAUGUUCUAAAACACAUUUUUAAAACCCAGUCAUAGGAAUAAAGCAAGUACUUUAUAGAGCUUUAUAGUUAAGUGCACAGCCUGAGGUAGUUGCUUGUCCAUAACUGCCUUUGAGAGGAACCAGUUAAAAGUGCUUUUUAUGUGCCUCCCGAGAGGCGCAUCCAGUAAAGGCACUCCACGUGGAGUGCAGGAUGUGCCCUAUAGCCUGGAGGUCGCUGGUUUGAGUCCAGGCUAUUCCACUGCCUACCGUAGACGGGAGUUCCCAGGGGGCAAUGCACAAUUGUCUGAGUGCUGCCCUGGGUGGGGAGGGCUUAGGUAGGCCAGGGUGUCCUGGGCUCACCAUGCACCAGCGACCCCUGUAGGCUGGCCGGGCAUCUGCGGGCCUGCAGGUGGCCCAGAGCUGCGUGGUCCUCUGAUGCUGUAGCUCUGAAGGUAGCUGCAUGGCGGGCCUGAAGAUUGAAAAGAAGUGGACGGCUGACGGCCUUUUCGGGGGGUUGCAGCGGUGAGCCAGGCUUAAAAAAAAAAAAAAAGAAUUGGGCAUUUCAAAUUGGGGAGAAAAUGGGGUAAAAAACAAUUGGCGAUUCCAAAUAAAACAUUUUUAAAAAGUGCUUUUUAUUGAUAUGGAAUUACGUUUUGCUGACCUAAAAACAAAUCAUUUUAAUUAAAUGCCAUAUCAGAAUGUUAAUUAACAUUUUUAAUAAGCCAUUCUUCAACUGCUUUGUUUUCCAACUGGAAAUGUGAGUGCUGUGAGUUAAUAGACACACAAGGAGAAUACUCUCCCUAGUGGACAAUUCUUUAAAACCAUUCAUCUCAAAUUUAAUUGAUGUGAAAUUGCAUUUUAAAUAUAAAGCCUCUUCUCCAGACUUAUGAUAUUCAGCAACCACUAGAUGCAAUGACUGGGGCACCGCUCAACAUCUUUGUGGAACUCCAUCCCUCACAGAGUCAAAGCUGAACACUGGCUUGCUUUAUUGGAUUUUAACAAGUAGUUUAAGGCUGUACUAUUUGAGCAAUACUUCUAUAAAGCAUCUUUAAAUUGCCUGAAAUGGCUGUUUUUUAUGUGGUAGUCACUAACAACCAUAGACAGGCAAUGUCCUGUAAAUUUGGAGAUAGCUGCUUCAGAUAUUCAUCUCCAAGCUAGUGUCACUAUGAGUUUUGAGUGUUUUUCUUUUUAAUGAGAAGGGAUACAGUCUGGUACUAACAAAAAAUGAUCCAUUCCUGUUUCUUUAAUAUUUCCUGACAGAAAGAUAUGAACAGUCUUGUUAGAAAAUGUUUAAAUAGGUAUAAUAUUGCUUUUUUGUAUUUCUUACAGUAUAAGUUGCUUAUUUUUAUUUAAAUCUUAUGGAAUUGUGUAUACAUACAAUGCCCUUUUAGAGCUCAAAUAAUGCCUCCACUCUAAUCUCAUGUUUUUUUUUAAUAGCAUUUCAUAUUAUUUGGUUUUCUGUACUUAAUAAAAA